GAAGAAGAAGAAGGUCAGAUUAACCUUUGUCCUGCUUUGGGCAAACAAAAACAGGCAGAGUAUAAAAGGAGGGGGGGAGAGGCUAACGUGACACUCUUGUUUUUGUACAACGGGCUGCUACAACUCAACGCUGCGCAGAGGCAAUCUUUCCACAAACAGAUCGGAGGUGCAAGGAGGCAUGCGGGCGAGCCUCAGCCUGCUCCUCGCUCUCUGCCUGCUCCCAGGGGGCGGGGCGGAGAGCGAGGGGCUCGCCAGGCCCAACUGUCAGCCGCCGCCCGACUGGAGGAUCGGGGCGGAGGAGCCCAUGAGGGCGGCGACGGGCCGGGUGACGGUGGUGGCCCUUUUGCAGGCCAGCUGACUGUUCUGCUUGGCCCAGGCGUCCAGAAUGGACAGCCUACGCCUGCAGAUGGAGAGUCAGGGUUUGAGGGAUGUGACCUACAUGGUCGUCAACCAUCAGGGGGCGCAAGCGCAGGAGCUGCACCCCAUGCUGGAGGAGCGGAUGUCGGCCAACAUCGCGCUCUACAAACAGCAAGAGGACCAGCCGGACGUGUGGCGGCUGCUGAACGGGGGCAAAGACGACUUUUUCAUCUACGACAGAUGCGGACGCCUUACACAUCAGAUUUCUCUUCCAUAUUCCAUCAUUAGCCAAGGCCACAUUGAGGGUGCCAUCAUGGAAACCUACUGCAAGCGCUUAUGUGGGGCUUGUACAUACGAGAGUGCUGAAAUCCCACCAGAGUGUCAAGGAACUCCAGAAGCGAGUCCCGAUGCUGACCCGGCACCAGACGUAGAACCAGGAGAGCACGGUCACCACCACGGCCAUCACGGGCAUCACGGGCAUCACGGGGAACACGGGCAUCACGGGCAUCACGGGGAACACGGGCAUCACGGGCAUCACGGGCAUCACCAGCAUCAUGCGCACCACGCACACGACCCCAGUAUGGGUCAUCACCACGGAAAUUAUGACGCGCAAAGACAAAGUCACCACAGUUUAGGGCAACGGGCUCACCAGGGUCACUUCCAGGUAGCGCCCCAGGAGGCGCAAGGGGCUCCGCCAAUGGAGCGGCCGUGAGCCCCCGAGAAGCCAAAGUGAAAUUCCAAGCACGGCUGACGUUGGCCCGCCGGUUCCGACGGCGCGGCCAGCUGAUGCUGACACUGACGGAGGUUGUUCACCGAGGCGGGCGAGACGGGCCUGUGACACUGCCAGGAGGCGCUACCCGCCACCUGUCGGUGACACGGGCCGGGCGACGAGCCCGACGGCGUCAGCGAGACCUGACAGUGCCGCCCGCCGCCCGCCGACUGACAGCCGUCUCAGCCGGAGCGGUGAGCCUGACCCCCGGGGGUCACGAGCUGAGAAUGAGGCCAGCUGUAAAGCUGGCCGCCAUGUCAUUCUCGCGUAGCAACACCGGCUCACGUCUCCCGUUGUCCAGAUAGGUCGCCGUGUUCCCGAAUCAGCGUUUCCCCCCCUUUUGGACCUCUCCAUCUUUUAUGAAAUCAGGCGCACAAACUACGCUCUAGUGGCGUCUGGGUGAAACCGGGAUGGCGGGGUUGAGGAGACGAGUCGUUGGGGAACAAGGCGGACUGACGUUUUUUGAAAAAAAAUUCACAUCAGGCACCCCAAAACAAUGAAAAACCUUAGCCUAGCCAAGGACAAAAUAAACAUUUUAUUAAAAUAAUCCAACUAACAAAAAUGUAAAAAAAAAAAAAAUUUUCAAAAAAUUACCUAUUUGCUCGCUCUCCAUGAUGCCCUCUUUCAUACAAAAAAUAAAAAACACAUUGAAACACGAGAUAUUUAAAAAGAAAGACGGUACAUAGAGAGUGCCACCACGCUAAUGCCGCACUAACGCUAGCGCCGCGCUAACAGGGCUAGUAAAAAACAAAAACGGUACAAAUCACUGAGACUCGGCAGUAACACGCUAGCGCAUCGCUAACAGGGCCGGACUGGUAAAAGUCCCUUCCUGAGGACACAUAUUCCACCGGUCUCACUCUUACCUUUUCCGCUGGAGGGCCCCCUUGUGGCCGUCAGAAAAAAAUGCCCAAAUCACCCGUAUGACCGCAUAAACCGCAGGGUUGAGAGCGGAAAUUACGGUACUACUUUUUGAUGACACGAGGCUUUGGUGGCAUCUUUUGGAAUCCUGUGGUGCGUUUCAGUAAUCGCACAAUAACAGCAAAUAGGUGAGUUUUUCAGUGAGUAACACAGUAAGUUCUACGGGGAAAAAAUCUGGCUAAACUUUUCAAAAGCGUGCCUCGCAGUGGAGAUGCGUCACCUCGAUAUACUUCCAAGAUGGCGACAACGCAUUCUCAAAUAGAAGCAGGACUACUUUUCUGAAAUUAGGGCGACGGUACUUCCCGAAAAGUGACUUCGAAUGUCCGUCUGAAUUGCGCAAUGCGCUCUUUGCGUACUUUUCUUCCAAAAUCCAAUCAUCUGUCAGCCAUUUAUUUGCUAUUAUAAAGUUAUACGAUGAGUUGGAAAUGUCAUGCAAUUUUCCAAUUUUAAGAGGGGUUUCAAUUGAAAGGUUUUAAAAAAAAAAUUGUGCUAGUUGAAUGCCUGUACACAGGUUAAUUAUGUACCGUACCUAGUGCCAUCUAGUGGAAGAGAGUUUAAUUGUUCUGCUUGUCACUGUACACAAAAUUUGGUUGGGAAUCACGAUCUGAGCAUGUGGGGGAGGAGAAUGCAGUUCAAACAGUAAAAAAUGGAUCCAGUGUGAGGAGGUUUAGCAUCAGAAGCUAAUCUUCAAACCUGGAUGUGCUGAGGGAGAUUUAUUCCCAUGUUGGUCGCAGUAUUAAUCAAAAUUUCCACGACUUUUAAUUUUGCUCUCACUCGCAUCACAGGCCUUUUCUUGGCUUUGGCUGCAAUCGCAUAUCUUUUUUUAAAUUUUUUUUUUUCCUUUUUCCUUGUACUAGAUAUACUUGCAAAUUGCACACAUGUAAACAAAGGCGUCCAGCCUCCGCUGCCCCAAAGAGAAAGUGAUCGACUGACUUUUUGUAAUACACGCUGUGCUUCAUGAAGGUUUCCGCGGGAAGGCAAAAUGUCACCCGGAAAGCUGAUGCCCGCGCGGUCGAGUGUAUCGAAAAGGCGAGUGUGCGCGUGUGAAUUGUACGUGAAAGGGCAAGUGGAAUAAAACUUUGAUUGCAUGGC